AUGUCCAAACGACAAGCUUCCGAAGCUCUCGACGAGCUCCAGGACGUCGCAUCGCCCGCCUCCAAGCGCUCUCGAAUGGGCGACUUCGACUCGCCUCUCGCAAACAGCCACGACGAUGCGCAGAGCCUCGACCAGGACGCAGACGCAGAUGCGCGAAAACAAGAGCGCACGGAAGAUGCACGAAGGGAUGACGACGAUGACGACGACGACGAAGAUCUCGACAACGAGCCCAUGGCGGCGCCCGUCCGACAAUCAGGCCCGGCGGACGGAUACGACGACCUCUACCUCGACACCAUAGACCGCAACGUGCUCGACUUUGACUUUGAAAAGCUCUGCUCCGUCUCCCUCUCCAACAUCAACGUCUACGCAUGCCUCGUCUGCGGCAAGUACUACCAGGGCCGGGGCGUCAAGUCGCACGCCUACUUCCACUCCCUGGACGAGGACCACCACGUCUUCAUCAACCUCGAGACGCAAAAGGUCUACGUCCUGCCCGAGGGCUACGAGGUCAAGAGCAAGUCGCUCGACGACAUCAAGUACGUCUCGGACCCGCGGUACACCAAGGAAGAAGUCAUCCAGCUGGACCGCCGGCGGCCCAGCGACGCCGUCAUCAGCUGGACCCUCGACGGCAAGCCCUACACGCCGGGCUUCGUCGGCAUGAACAACAUCAAGGACAACGACUACCUCAACGUGGUCGUGCAGGCGCUGUCGCACGUCUCGCCGCUGCGCAACUACUUUUUGCUCGAGGACUUCUCCAACAAGUCGGAGCUCGUCAAGCGCUGCAGCAUCCUCUUCCGCAAGAUCUGGAACCCGCGCGCCUUCAAGGCGCACGUCUCGCCGCACGAGCUCCUCCAGGAGGUCGCCCUCCAGUCCAACAAGCGCUUCACCCUCACGCGCCAGUCCGACCCCCUCCAAGGACCGCAGUUUCCACUGUUACCAGCCCAACGCGAGCCGCUGCUUGAACAAGACGCUCUUCGCGAACUGUACCUCGUACUCCUUCCCGCCGUCGCCCACGUCGUCCGCCAUCGCGAACGCGACGCGCACCACGAGGACGCGCGCGAACGGCAGCAUGAACGACUCCUACCACGAGUCCCCGUGGACGCCCUACUACAAGGAGAGGUCGAGCAGGACCUUCUCCCCGCGGCUCCCCACGAGGCGGUCCGCAAGAGGGACGACGUCGCGGACAGCGGCGAGGAGAAGAAGACGUGGAAGGUCCAGCUCAAGAACAAGGCCACCGACGAGUGGGUCGUCUGCCAGGACCUGUUUGUCGACAAGGUGCAGAGCGAGCUGCUCUACCUCGGCGAGACGUAUCUGCAGAUCUGGGAGAGGAGAAGAGUGCCCGGCAGCAGCAAAGCUGGCAAGGGAAAGGGGGCAGCAUAG